GCUGUCUCCUCGUUGAACUCAGUUGCAUAACCAUCUCCAGUAAAUCAUGUCGAAUCAAAUCCAACGGUAGAGAUUUUCUACGACAAAUCUGAAUUAAAUCAGAGAACGAAUAGAGAUCAGGAAAGCAAAGAUGGUUUUGAACGAUGAGGAGAUGAAAGCUGGAGAGUCUUCAGAAGAGCCAAAGGGACAAGGGCUAAGCAGGAAAAAUAGCCAUAGCUCUAUGUGUCCGACAGAUGAUGAUGAAGAAGAAGAAGACAAGAAACUCGAACUUGGUCCCAUGAUUGCUCUUAAAGAACAGCUCGAGAAAGACAAGGAUGAUGAAAGCUUGAGGAGAUGGAAGGAGCAACUUCUAGGCAGCGUGGAUCUUGAGGAGGUCGGAGAGACUCCGGAUCCACUGGUAAAGAUACUAACCUUAACAAUUAGGUCACCGGAUAGAGAAGACAUGGUAUUAACGAUCCCUGAAAACGGAAAACCGGCUUCGAAAGGACCAUGGUUCACUCUCAAAGAAGGCUCUAAGUACACUCUCAUAUUUACUUUCCGUGUCACCAACAACAUUGUGUCCGGCCUCCAAUACAGCAAUACAGUUUGGAAGACCGGAAUCAAGGUGUAUAGUAGAAAGGAGAUGUUAGGAACGUUUAGUCCACAGGCGGAACCGUACACUCAUGUUAUGUUUGAAGAGACGGCACCCUCUGGUCUACUCGUUAGAGGCUCUUAUUCUGUUAAAUCUAAGUUCGUCGAUGAUGAUAAUCAGUGCUACUUGGAGAACAACUACACCUUCGACAUUCGCAAAAAUUGGCUGUGAUAUCCAUCACAAAAGUUACUGGAAGAAGAGAAAAAAAUAUAAUAUUAUUCAUUAUUGUUUCUUCAAUUUAAAUUUGUUCAUAUCGUUAUUCGCCUAACUUUUUUUGGAUGAUUCUUCAUCUCACUUGAUAUAGACAAUAUGCUUGUUUGUAUUUCUGUAAGUUACUAUUUUCGGAUUUUAUUCUAUUUUUCAAACUAGCUAGAUACAGAUUUUGUUACAUGUGCAUGUAUAUAGAUGAACUACGUACGUCAUCGUUAUAGAUUCCCUUAUUCGUUUAUUCAUAGUCCAAAACUUCUAUAUAAAACUAAAUUUUGAAACUUAACUUGGUUUGGUUUUCCCUUGGAGAGUUCUAAAUAUAAAGAAAAA